AUGCCCGUACAGUGCAGUCGAGUUGAUUCCAGAAAAGAAUGCGAAAAAGUAUUUUCUGCUCUCUUCUUUGCUCUCUCGUCAAUUCCAUCGUAAACCUAUCAUCUUGCUCUUCAAACUCAAUUUGCUGUCCCAUUUUCAUCACUCCAUUCCCUCAUACUCAUAUUUUUCAGUCACUUGGGCCACCUCUUCUUCGAAUGUCUCUCCAAUCGCUUCUUUCCACGAAGAUAGUUCGUGCGGCUUCGAUCGCCGACGCCGCUUUCGACGCGGUCGUUCUCGUCGGAAGCCAGGAGAGCGUCAAGCAGUUUGGCGCCAUUCAACAGGUCUCCGCCAUCGCGCCGACCGUCGACAGCUUCCUCAAACUGCACAAUGGCGCCUUCCACGCCACUUCGCUUCUUCAAGUCGAUCCGUCGGUUGUCCCGUCGGGAAGAUUGAUUCUCGCCGGAACUGGAAACGUCUCCCGCGACUACGAUGACGUCCGUCGCUACCAGUCCGCUGCUCGAAAAGGAAUCGAACUGUAAGCUCUACGAGGACAAAGUCGAAAUUUACGCGUACAAACCAAACAUAAAUGACGAAGACAAUUGGAUUAGUCCUCUCUUCUUUUCUUUCACACACUAGAUAAUUAUUAAUUCUCCCUCCGGAAUUGAGUUGCGGUGAUAACGACAACGGGGGAGAAGAGACAGUUAUCAGGGGCGAAAACGUGGGAGUGGGAGGAAAAGCACAGAUCAGCAGGACUGAUUGUGGGGGCGAACUGCGUCAUUUCCGAGACUCACAGCUGUUGUCCUCCUUUUUGCAUAAUCUUCUUCUCAUUGCAGCGCUCUGUCGGCCGGAGUCAAGUCUCCACUUCUCGUCACCCUCCCCAAUGCGCGCUUCCCGAACGCCGAGCUCGUCGCGGCCCUCGGAGCCCUCACUCCUGUCUACACUCCGCUCAACGUGCGCGAGGAGGACAACAAGCACAAGUUGAACCAGCUCGGACUCUUGGCGGUAGGCUACUAAUCUAUAUAAUAGUCUUACAAUUUCUUGCUUUCAGGUCGGAAACAGCGACUCCUCGUCUCGUCUGAAUCAGCUCGUGGAGGCCUACGAUGCGUCGUUCACCGUCUGUCGUGACAUCGGAGAGAUGGGGCCCGAAAGAAUGGCACCGCCACGCGUGGCCGAUUACGUCCAGGGCGCGUUCGCCAACGGAAACAUCAAAGUGAGCAUUGUGGACGAUCAAAGCAUCAUUGAGAAGGACUUUCCGCUCAUGGCGGCCGUGAAUCGAGCAGCCAACACUGUCAAAGAGCACCAAGCCCGUUUGAUUCGCCUGGAGUACGUGGGCGAAGGCGAGACGCAAGACACGCUCUUCGUCGUCGGAAAGGGAGUGACGCUUGACACAGGAGGCUGUGACCUCAAGGUCGGUGGACACAUGUUCGGAAUGUGCCGGGACAAGUACGGAUCUGCGGUGCUCGCCGGAUUCUUCAAGGCCAUCGAUGUGCUCAGACCGAAGAACAUCAAGGCGGUCGGCUACAUGUGCAUGGUGCGCAACAGCAUCGGAGCGCGCGCCUACACUUGCGACGAGGUGAUCACCGCCAGAAGCGGAAAGCGCAUUCACAUCUACAACACGGACGCCGAGGGCCGAAUCACGAUGCUCGACCCUCUCACGCUCGCCAAAGAGGAGGCGUUGAAGGCGAAAAACCCGCACUUAUUCACUCUCGCCACGUUGACUGGACACGAAGUGCUCUCCUACGGAUACUACGCCGCUAUUAUGGAUAACGGACCGGCGAAGGCGAGCGGAUGGGCGCGUCGUGUGCAGGAAGUCGGAGACGAGUUCGGACAGCCGAUCGAGAUCAGCAGACUGCAUCCGGAGGACUUUGCAUUCCAUCAGGCCGAGUGCGAACAGGCGGAUCUUCGGCAGGGAAACACAAAGCCCUCGGUGGCAACGCUCAGAGGACACCAGUCCCCGGCCGCCUUCCUUCAAAUGGUAAAUUUGUCAUAAAGUUCAAGCCCUAAUAGUGAACCUCUUAAUUGUAGGCUAGCCGAAUCGACGAGCACGGAACCGACAGCAGCCAUCCGCUCAAGUACACCCACAUCGAUAUGGGCGGUUGUCAGGGAGACCAUCCGUCGGUCAGCUACCCGAAUCCGUUGGUCACUCUUGUCGCCGGACUCCUUCUUCCACAUGUCUAA